AUGUGGCGCCUUCCCCUCACUGUUAACACUCGCGACACCAACACCGCUAACCCACGGUCUUUAGCCCUGUCUUCAGCCUCGGAAGUACCUGAGAAAGAACGCAAUCCUCCUACAGUCCCGACACAACUCGACUUCCCUGCCUACCGUCUCCCCGAUGUCGUCCCCGAUGACUCUGACUCGACCCUCCGCGACCUCUUCACACAAUUAGCCUCCAUUAAGAGGCCCCAGGAUAUCUCCAUUGAUCGCUUCAAGCCUCUCAACCUCCACGUUGACUCCGAUGUCGACGUUCAGCAGAUGUUCCCCGCCGACCAGGCGCGGACUCUACCUCCGCUGCCCUGGGAGGAGGUGGCGGAAAUCAAGCCCGCCGGGGAAGGUGAGGAUCAAGCGCCGCCGCUAAUGAGCAAUGGGCUUCCUUAUCCGUCCAGAGACCGCUUCGAAACCCUCCGGGCAGAGUUGUCGUUGGAUCAAGAUGACAGCUUCCGCGAAGUGGCUCGUCUGCCACCCCGCGAAGGCCGGAGCCGUGUUCGCGUGACCCAGUCCAGGAAGUUCUGGACGGGCCUCGAGCGCAUGUCGCAGUACUGGGAUACAAGUAUCGACAAUUAUUUUGAACGCCCCAUUACACCGGAGCCGACACCGCGCCAGACCCCUCCCGCGAAACAUGAAGCCCAGGGUGACGAAAUGCAGACGGACGGGCCAUUCCUCGAUUCAACCCAAACUGGCUCGGCGGAUGGCAAGAUGGACGUGGAUAGAUCCGAAGCCGAUGACGGCACGCCUUGCAAUGACGGUGGCUCCGAUGCAAAGAUCUCCCGCCCGACGGUGCGCAUGUACACGGGUCGCCGUAUUGGCGCCGGCACCGAAAUGCCUGACGACGUGCGGGACGAGACCAUUCGUUCCUUCAUUGAGAUGGCAGCCUGGCCCUUCGGGUGCCAGGUCACCGUUCCCACAUUACCGCCGCGGUUGACGGUCGGAAAUCUGCUGUUCCCCGUGCGGCAAUCCUUUCAAGUAGCCCGCUCUCCAAGAGACCGGCAGAUCGCCAGACAGGGUAUCCUCGAGGGACCCGUCUUCAUUGCGCAGUGCCGCCCCGAAACCGUCUUCCGAGUCACGGGCGACGAGCCGGGCUCGGGCAUCGGAGAGGUGUGCGACCUGUUCCGAGAAGUCGGUGGCAUGCUUCUUGCCGCGCAGGAGCGUGCUCGUGAGGGUGCAGUUGAGCUGCGGCCCGGCGAGGGUAAGUGGUGGACUACAAAGGCGCGUUUUGGUGGUGCUCCUAACGACGGGAUCCUGGAUGAUCUCGUCAGGAACGCUGGAAUCCCUAUCCCAGACUCCAUGCUUGGGGACAGCCCUUCCGCCCAGGAGGCGGAAUCCGCUCGCAAGCGGCACAAGUUCGAGCAUUCCCAGGGUUCGUAUUCCACAUCUCUAGCGCGUCGGCCUAGUGCCAUGCGUAAGCUUUCCAGUGGUGAGAAAUGGAAGAUCCUGCAGCCUGGUCCAAGUCUGUGGGAUAAGCGCAUGAUCUAUCAGCAGAUUGGCAGAGCGAACGACAGCGCUUACGAUGAUAUAUACAUGGUCUCAUCAAUCAACCACCAUGUCGCCAUCCUGCAUCUCCGGGUCCACCGCCACUACCUCGAAGUCCUCAGCAAAGGCGGCAGCGUACACCCCAAAGCCUCCGACCCGGACCAGUCAUGGCACGUUCUCAAGCUCCAGCGUACCCGGUGGUACGACCUGUUAGACGCAAACGACCGGAUCGAGGCUCUCAAGGGUACCUGGAGUCUAUUCCACUACCAGCUGAGAACGACUCACCGCGACGGUUGA